AUGCGAGAUCAACCUGCGUCUGCCAACGUUGGAGGUGCUGCUAAUAAAAAUUUCUUAGGCCUUCCUGACAGGUGCAAGAUUCUAAGGUCUUUCACCUACGGCACAGCCGCUUGGACGAGAGCUACUCGAACCAUAGUGUCUCUUGAAGAUGGUACCGAGAAAUCCUGCUUCCUGAAGUGUGCCUCUGAAGAUAUGGGAAGACAGAUGAUUGAGGGCGAAUUCGCUUCCAUUAGCGAGAUCGCAAAGUAUAACAGCUCGUUCACGCCGAUACCCUAUGCCAAAGGCCAGCUCCUAGAUGCUAGCAUUCCAACGUACUUCUUCUUGAUGGAGCUCCUCGACAUCGACACAGGUGCGCAUCCGCCAGAAGUCUUCUGCAAGCACUUGGAGCAACUUCACAGGACCAGCAAAUCGCCAACAGGGAAGUUUGGCUUCCAGAUGGUUACAUGCCACGGCCCGCAUCCGCAAAACACGUCGUGGGAGGAUUCUUGGUCGGUAUUCUUCGGUCGACUGCUUCGUCAGUUUUUCGACCGCGAGAUUAACACGAAUCGGCCUUCGGCAGACGGCGUUUAUGAAGCAGAGUUUGACAAGCUGAUCUCGGAGGCCGUGCCUCAGAUUCUGGAGCCUCUACAACUUGAGGGCCGCAUGCUGAAACCUUCUCUGGUCCACGGCAACUUGUGGGACGAGAACUGUCGCAAGGCACUUCGUACAGGUCAGCCCAAGGUGUUCGAUGCCGCUGUGUUCUACGGCCACAACGAAUACGACUUUGGUAUGUGGCGUGCUACACCAGCUGUACGAUUCGGCAGACCACACAUACGACAGUAUUUGAAACAUGUGCCCCCGAGCGAACCGAAAGAGCAGUGGGAUGACCGCAACCGGCUGUACGGCAUCAAGUUCAACAUUGCCCACUCGAUUGGAUGGCCUGACUCUUGUGAGCGUCAGCGUGAGAUGUAA